AUGGAAACAUCGGACUCAAAUCCUGUUUCCGUGAAUCCGGAGUCGGCACCCGUUAUCACAACUCAGGCCCAGGCUCAGCCAGCGGCUUUAACAACAGUUGUGAUCGUCCAGCGAGCUCCAGAGGAAGUUGAGAAUCAUCUUGCACUUGCCGUCUGCACGUGUAUUUUUUGUUUCUUUCCCUUAGGCAUUCCGGCGAUUGUGCUGACCAUUAAGACUCAGCCACACUCCCAGCAAGCCGCUUUGAAAACCCCAACAGUUGGGGUCGCCCGGCCAGCUCCUGUGAAGGUUGAGAAUUAUCUUGGACUUAGCAUCUGCAUUUGUAUUCUCUUUUGCUGUCCUUGUAGCAUACCGGCCAUUGUACUAACAGUUAAGUCGAUAAAGGCCUUGAAUCGCGGGGAUGUGGUUACUGCUUACUCUUACAGCAGGAUGGCUCGCUGGCUAAAUCUGGCAGCUGUGGCCGCCGGACUUGUCUCAGAAGUCGUUCUGAUUCUGCUGUUCACGAGCUACUCGGAUUCAUCUUCUGAAGGUUAA